CGCCUCCAACCCCCGCUCUGUCUGCCCAAUACGCAGGCGCGUCUCCUCAAGUGCUUUCCCUACCCCCUCCUCUUUCUCUUCAGUCAGUUCCCCCUCCUCUCCCAGCCGCUCCGCAGGUUCAAACUCUUCUCCCGGCGAGUGGCGGCAGUUGUGAGGUCACGUGAUGAGCAUCCUGCUGCCCAACAUGGCGGAGUUUGACACCAUCUCGGAACUGGAGGAGGAAGAAGAAGAAGCAGCAACGACGUCGUCGUCGCCGUCGUCGUCGUCGUCGUCGUCGGUAUCUGGGCCCGAUGAGGAUGAGGAAGAUGAGGAGGAGGAAGAAGAGGAGGAAGAAGAAGAGGAGGAGGAGGAGGUGCCACCCCCGCCUCGGGUAGUGAGCGAGGAGCAUCUGCGGAGAUAUGCCCCAGACCCUGUGUUGGUGCGCGGCGCCGGCCACAUCACUGUGUUUGGAUUAAGCAACAAAUUUGAUACGGAAUUUCCCUCAGUUCUGACAGGGAAGGUGGCUCCAGAAGAAUUCAAGACCAGCAUUGGCCGUGUGAACUCAUGUCUGAAAAAGGCUCUCCCAGUCAAUGUGAAAUGGCUGCUGUGCGGAUGUCUCUGCUGCUGCUGCACCCUGGGCUGCAGCCUGUGGCCUGUUAUUUGUCUCAACAAGAGAACCAGAAGAUCAAUUCAGAAGUUACUAGAAUGGGAAAAUAACAGAUUAUACCACAAGCUUGCUUUGCACUGGAAGUUGACUAAAAGGAAAUGUGAAACUAGCAAUAUGAUGGAAUAUGUAAUCCUAAUAGAAUUCUUACCAAAAUACCCCAUAUUCCGACCUGACUGAAGAGUUUUGUUCGGUCACUUCUGUGUUUUCUGUCAUUUCCUACCCUUAGUGCCUUGUAGAUGAUCUUGGAAUGGAGAAGUCUCCUUUGCUGUGUUCAAUUUAUUCUUUACAACAGUAGAAUGUUCUUCUCACUCUUUUAUUUGUGUUGAUUUAAGAAGGCAAUUUGCACAUCUUUUUUGUUAUUAAAUGAGGCUUGUGUUUUGCACUCUCAAUUUUUAAAUAAAUACACACAAACAUAUACAAUUAUAUGUAGUUGACACUAAAAACAUCAGUGCUGGUGUGUAAAGAAACAAACAAAACCCUUGUUCUGAGCAUGCUGCCUUAGGAUUUUCACACUCACCGUUUCUAAAUACGCAUCAUUUUCUAGGCUAUUUAAUGCUCUGUAAUCCCUUACUGGACACACCCAAAUACGCUUUUGGUAGCUUUUAGAAAUGGUUUUACUCUGCUUUUAAAGAACAUGCAAUUAAUAGCACUGGUUUCCUCCUGCACUUUGCUAAAUUGUCACUUAUGUUAGUGGAUAAAAUAUUUAAACUCCUAACGACUUGUAAAUAUUGUCUCUUUGCAUAAUGUAAAAUGUGGUAUGCCAUGGUUUACAGGAUUAUUAUUAUUAAUGUAUUGCCAACAUGUCCACGUAGAUUUUGAUAUGAGGUUUGCAAGCAUCCUUUUGAAUGUAGAGACCUUUAACAUGCUGUUUUGUGGCAAAGCCAACAUGAGUAUGUUAAAUUUCAGGUGUGGGGCAAGAUUGCCCUUCCUAACAAAGUGGAUUAAAAUUGAAACCAUUAGUUCAGACCUUCUGCGUUACACCUGAGACCAAGAAUCUUAUUUUUUCCAUUUAAUUCACUGCUCUCCAUUUGUCCUCCGUUCCACCCCCUCAAAAUAGUUGACAUCUAACUCAUCUUAUGGCUGCGUUAGCUCUCAUUUCCUUUCCCCUAUGUAUCUUUUCCCUCCUUUGAAAAUACAUAGAAUUUCCCCUUUUAAGUGUCUUGAGAGCCAAUUCAUCCUGGUGCAGGCCUUUAACCCCAGUACUUAGGAGGCUAAAGCAGUGGAUCUCUGAGUUCAAGUCCAGCCUGAUCUGCAUAAUGAGUUCCAG